CGAAGGAGAAAAGGGUGAUGGAGUCCGAUCAGCGAGGUUCGUGUCCCCGAGGGUCUGUAACCCUGGAGGAGGAGCAUCCACGGCCUCGUCCUUGGCAUCCACUCGACUCCACGAACGGGUGAUCGGAAGAUGAGUUUCAGCAUCCCUUCUAUCCCUUCCCCCUGGCAACCCUGCUCCAUCCAGUCUACUUCUAACUGUGCUGCGAUCCUGUUCUCCGCACGGAACAUGCCGAACGCGGCCGGGAGUGCUCUCAUCUUUUACGUCAAUGGAGUCAGGGUCGAGGACGAUGAUUUUGAACCUGAGCUCAGCCUAUUGGAGUACCUCAGGAGGAAGCUGGGGCUCCGAGGCACGAAAUCCGGGUGCGGAGAAGGUGGAUGCGGCGCCUGCACCGUCAUGCUCUCCAGAUUCCAUCAUUCCACGAGAUCCAUCAGUCACUAUUCAGUGAACGCAUGCCUGAUGCCGGUUGCGGGAUGUCACGGAUUGGCCGUCACGACCGUGGAGGGGAUCGGCAACUCCAGACGGGGACUCCACGCCGUCCAAGAAAGACUGGCCAAUUUCCAUGGGUCUCAAUGCGGAUUCUGCACACCGGGCAUCGUCAUGUCCAUGUAUACCCUGUUGAGAAACAAUCCGAAGCCCUCUUUUCAUGACAUGGACGAAUAUAUGCAAGGAAACCUUUGCCGGUGCACGGGCUAUAGACCCAUCAUCGAAGGGCUCAAGACCUUCACGUCAGAGUUCCAAUGCUGCAAAGGCGAGAAUGGAGGAGAAUGCCCAUGUAUGAAUAGCGCUGACACCACGACACCGGAGGAGGAGGAGCAUCCUCGACUCGUUCAACCGAGUCACCUCGUCCCUUACGAUCCUACUCAAGAACCCAUUUUCCCUCCCGAACUUCAGGCAGGAUCCCGCGUGACAUGGUAUCGACCAGCAUCCUUGGACGAAAUGCUAAGAUUGAAAGCCGCUUUUCCAGAGGCCAGGAUAGUUCAUGGCAAUACGGAAGUCGCUCUAGAGAUCAAGUUCAAGGAUUGCAAGUAUCCCGUGAUGAUCAGUCCUACAGCAGUACAAGAACUGCAUCAAGUGAAGGUUGGGGAUAACAGGGUUAGAUUUGGAGGAUCCGUGACUUUAACCAAGAUCCAGAAAACUCUUCAGAAGGAAAUCGACUCUCGACCAGAAAAGGAGACGAAGGUGUGGGUGGAGGUAGUGGAGAUGCUACGGUGGUUCGCGGGUCGACAGACUCGGAAUGUUUCAUCUGUGGCCGGGAACGUCGUGACCAGCAGUCCCAUCUCCGACCUCAAUCCCCUCUUUCAAGCUGUCCAGUCUCGCAUCUUCCUCCAGAGUUCAGAGGGUGGAAGGGAGGUGAAAAUGAAUGAAGACUUCUUCACGGGAUACCGGAGGAACAUCAUCCGACCGGAGGAGAUACUGCUAUGGAUCGAGAUUCCAACCUCGUCCCCUGACGAAGUAUUCAAGGGAUAUAAACAGGCUCGGCGAAGAGAGGACGAUAUCGCCAUCGUCAAUGCUGGAAUGUUUGUUCGAUUCCAAUCUGGGUCGAAAAAGGUCAAAGAUAUCCGCCUAUCCUUUGGCGGAAUGGCACCCACUACUGUCAUGGCCACGCGAACCAGAAACGGCCUCAUCGGAAAGGAAUGGAAUGAAGAUUUGCUGGAGGAAGCGUUGGAUCUGCUGAAGGAAGACUUGCCUUUGGACCCAGGCGCUCCUGGAGGGAUGACCCGUUAUCGACGGAGUCUCACUCUAAGGCAUGUUUCUCUUCGUAACCUUUGUGCCUCUCCGUCUCAUCCUGAGUUCAAGGCGAUCAAUUCUCAUUCUUCCUGCAUCAGCUUCUUUUACAAGUUUUGGCUGGAAGGUUGUCGCCAUCUGGGCCUGAAACUGCCUCCUGGAACAGCAAGUGUGUUGGGACGGUAUCAAAAAGACUUUCCCAUGGCCUCUCAGUUCUUCCAAAUAGUGCCAGGAGGACAACCAAAAUGGGACGCAGUGGGGAGGCCGUUGGUGGCAAAGUCCGCGUACCAUCAGGCGACAGGAGAAGCCCAGUACUUGGAUGACAUGCCACCACGGGACAAUGAAGCGCAUCUCGCUCUCGUCUACAGCAGCCGGUGCCACGCAAAAUUGCUCCUCGUGGAUCCUAACUCUGCUCUUGGCAUCAAGGGUGUCAUCGGGUGGGUGGGACCGGAAGAUCUCCCUGGGACCAAGAAUUGCUUUGGAGAUGAUCCCGAAGGCGAACCCGUCUUCAGACGAGACAAGGAGGCGAUCAAGGAGCGAGAGUUCUAUUGGGAGGACUGGACUGAGCUCGGGGACGUGGAUGAGGCUCUGUCCCAGGCCCCUCACGUUCUCGAAGGCCAGGUCAGAGUUGGAGGUCAGGAACACUUCUACUUGGAACCCCAGGCUUGCGUAGUCACACCGCAACUGGAGCAUGAUGAACUUCUCAUCUACGUCUCCACCCAGGAAUUGUCGUUUGCACAAAAAUCCGUGGCAAAAGCCAUGGGCAUUCCAUUUAACCGAGUGACGUGCAAAGUGAAGAGAGUUGGCGGUGGAUUCGGAGGGAAAGUGACCCGACCCAUGCUCUUCGUCAUUCCCGCCGCUGUCGCUGCCCGAAAGUUCGGGCGGUCGGUGCGGUGCGUCCUCGACAGAGACGAGGACAUGAUGUCUAUGGGUGGACGGAAUCCUUUCCUGGGCAGGUACAAGGUCGGAUUCACUUCUGAUGGAAAGAUACUUGCCCUCGACCUCGCCAUGUACGCCAAUGCCGGAUACAGCCUCGACAUUUCCCAUGGGGUGAUGCAGCGAGCCAUGUCCAACGUGACGAACGCCUACUACGUUCCAAAUGUCCGAUCCAAAGGCUACGUGUGCAGGACAAACAUUUCUUCGAACACGGCUUUCCGGGCGUUCGGGGCACCGCAAGCCAUGAUGAUAUGUGAACAGUGGAUGCAAGACGUCGCAGAAUUCCUACACCUAGACCCUGUUCAGGUGCGAGAGAGGAACUUGUUCAAGGACGGUGACCAGACCCACCUGUUCAACUACCUCACUCACUGCACCAUUCGACGAUGCUGGGAGGAAUGUCUCCGGAAUUCAGAUUUCUUAUAUCGACGAGAACUCGCCAACAAGUUCAACAGAGAGAAUCGAUGGAAGAAGAGAGGGAUUGCUGUGAUCCCUGUUGCCUUCAGAUGCGCCUUCGUGGUGCAAUUCAUGAACCAAGCAUCAGCGUUGGUUCACAUCUACACCGAUGGAUCCGUCCUUGUCAGCCACGGCGGCGUGGAGAUGGGACAGGGACUCCACACCAAAAUGCUCCAGGUAGCAAGCCGAGCGUUGUGUCUGCCGAUCUCAUAUUUCCACACGACCGAAAAUUCCACGGACUUGGUGCCCAACGCCAUAGGCACGGGAGCCUCCAUGGGAUCCGACCUCAAUGGACCAGCCGUCAUCGACGCAUGCGAGACGCUGAAGCAAAGGCUGGAGCCCUUCAUGAGGGAAAACCCGAAAGGAAGCUGGGAGGACUGGGUGAAGGCCGCCUACUUCAACCGGGUCAGCCUCUCUGCCACUGGAUAUUAUCGAACUCCAGGAUUAGGAAGCGACUGGAAGAAAGGUGACAACUUUUCGUACAUCUCUUAUGGAACAGCCUGCUCGGAAGUGGAGAUCGAUUGCCUCACCGGCGACCACAAGAUACUGAGGACAGACAUCGUGAUGGAUGUGGGGGAGAGCCUGAACCCGGCCAUAGACAUUGGGCAAGUGGAAGGGGCCUUUAUUCAAGGAUACGGGUUGUUUGUCCUGGAGGAGGUGCUAUUCUCACCUAAAGGCAAGGUCUUGACCCAAGGACCUUCCACCUAUAAGAUCCCUGGGUUUGGGGACAUCCCCGAGGAAUUCAACGUCUCCCUGCUCAAAGGAAGCCCCAACAUCCGCGCCGUCUAUUCCUCCAAGGCAAUCGGAGAGCCUCCCCUCUUCCUGUCAGCCAGCGUGUUCUUCGCCAUCAAGGAAGCAGUUUCUGCUGCCAGACAAGAAAGGAAUCUGUCAAGAAUGUUCAAAUUUGAUACCCCAGCCACAGCCGAAAGGAUCCGGAUGGCCUGCCAAGAUAAAUUCACAGACAAGUUUGAGGGAGAGGAACCAGGAACCUUCGAACCCUGGUCUAUCCAAGUGUGACAUCUUCCUUCGCCAAUGACAAGAUCAAGGAAAUUUUGGUCUUGGUGCUUUUUCGGUAUCCGCUACUUCUAUUGCAUUUGUUGCAUUCAUCUUUGUACAAAGGAUCUUGACUCUUCAUAAACACAUC